AUGCCAAACGAUCACCACGAAGUUUCGGACGACGAAGCCCUUUUCGCAGCUCUGGAAAACGAAGACGAAGAUGAUGCCACAUACCGCACCCAGCGUAUUCAACAACUAAACGCCGAACUCGCCGCGCAAAAAGACAAUCGCUCCGCGAACUCGACCGGCGCCACAUACACACAGGACACGAGAUACCCCACCCUCAGCCAUGACCAAAGCGUGCUAGACUUUACCACAUCGACAACGCGGUGUAUUGUCCAUUUCGCACAUGACGACUUUGCGCGAUGCGCGACGAUGGAUGCACGAUUGGAGGAGUUAGCGGCGAGACAUUAUGAGGUGAAAUUUGCCCGAGUCGAUGUACGAAAUACACCUUUCUUGGCGGAGAAGCUGAGCAUUCGGGUAUUGCCUUGCGUGAUCGGAUUUAAGGAUGGCGUUGGUGUUGAGCGCGUGGUUGGAUUUGAAGGACUAGGUGCUGGGGGGACGAAUGGAACGGAGGCCGGGUUUAGUGUGUCGGUCCUGGAGAAACGAUUGCUGUACAAGGGCGUUUUAGUACAGGCGAAGUUGUCAGCGGAUGAUGUGGAUGAUGAUGAGCAUCAGAGUGAUGAUGAAGGGUAUGAUGUGAGGCGAGGAACUCGUUUGCGGAAAAAGGCGAUUCAGAGUGGAAAGGCCGGACGAGGAAGAUAUGACGAUGAUGACGAUGAAUGGGACUAA